AUGUAUCGCGCCAAGAGAGCUGCAUUGUCACCAAAGGUGAAGCGCCGUGUCGGCAAGUAUGAGCUCGGCCGCACCAUCGGGGAAGGGACCUUUGCAAAGGUCAGGUUUGCAAAGAACACUGAAACCAUGGAGCCUGUUGCUAUCAAAAUCCUCGACAAGGAGAAGGUUCAGAAGCUCAGAUUGGUUGAACAGAUUAGGCGCGAAAUUUGUACUAUGAAGUUAAUAAAGCAUCCUAAUGUUGUUCGACUGCACGAGGUGAUGGGAAGUAAAGCAAGAAUUUUCAUUGUUCUGGAAUACAUUACUGGAGGGGAACUCUUUGAUACCAUUGUAAGUUAUACCAAUGGAAGGCUGAAAGAAGAGGAAGCACGCAAAUACUUUCAACAGCUGAUAAACGCCGUUGACUAUUGCCACAGUAGGGGUGUGUAUCACAGAGAUUUGAAGUUAGAAAAUUUGUUGCUUGAUGCUGCUGGAAACCUCAAAGUGUCCGACUUCGGUUUAAGUGCUUUAACUGAGCAAGUGAAGGCUGACGGGUUGCUGCACACAACAUGCGGAACUCCGAACUAUGUUGCUCCUGAGGUGAUUGAGGAUAGAGGUUAUGAUGGUGCAGCUGCAGAUAUCUGGUCUUGCGGGGUAAUCCUUUUUAUUCUCCUUGCCGGGUUUUUACCUUUCGAGGAUGAAAACAUCAUCGCCCUUUAUAAAAAGAUCUCAGAAGCUCAAUUCACAUGCCCCUCUUGGUUUUCUACUGGAGCUAAGAAGUUGAUUACCAGAAUUUUGGACCCUAAUCCUGCAACUCGUAUCACCAUUCCUCAGAUACUGGAGGAUCCUUGGUUCAAAAAGGGAUUCAAGCCACCUGUUUUUGACGACAAGUAUGAAACUAGCUUCGAAGAUGUCUAUGCUGCAUUUGGAGACUCAGAGGACCAGCAUGUGAAAGAGGAGACUGAACAUAAGCCAACCUCAAUGAAUGCAUUUGAACUGAUUUCACUGAAUCAGGGAUUGAAUCUGGACAAUUUGUUCGAGGCAAAGGAGGAGCAUAAAAGAGAGACACGAUUCACGUCGCAAUGCCCUCCAAAAGAAAUCAUCAGCAAGAUUGCGGAAGCUGCAAGGCCACUUGGAUUUGACAUUCAGAAGAAAAACUACAAGAUGCGGAUGGAGAACCCGAAAGCAGGUAGAAAAGGCAAUCUCAAUGUUGCAACCGAGGUGUUUCAAGUAGCUCCAUCCCUACAUGUGGUUGAGCUGAAAAAGGCGAAGGGGGAUACUCUGGAAUUUCAAAUGUUCUACAGAUCUCUCUCGACCCAGCUCAAGGAUGUAGUUUGGAAGUGCGGCGGCGAGGUAGAAGAUAACAGCACCGCGGCAUGA